AGCUUACAAUUGGGAAAGAGUUUUAGAUCGCAAAUAGUUGAAUCAAGGGUGUCCAUCCGAGAAGAUGGAAAAUACUCCAGAACAAUGGUACAAAAACCUGCCACUUUUGACGAGAAUUGCACUGACGAGCUUUUUCGGCGUCACCGUCUUCGUUCAGCUGGGAUUUUUGGAUCCCAUGCUGAUUGCCCUGAACUGGCCCAUGGUGAUCAACAAAUUGCAGGUUUGGCGGCUUCUGACUCCAGUCUCUUUCUUCGGAACCUUCAGCUUCCAGUUCUUGUUCCAGAUGUAUUUUUUCUCAUCCUUCUCUUCCAAACUUGAGCAGAACGAGGCCUUCGCCGCACCCGGCGACUACCUUUUCUUCUUGCUAUUGCAGAUUGUGCUCUUGGACGUGAUCUCUCUGGCCUUAGCUUGGCCCAGUGGAUUUCCAUUCCUGGGCCCAUCCUUGGUGUUUGCCAUCCUCUACUACUGGAGUCGUAGGGAACCGUAUGCCAAGCUCUCAUUCUUUAGCUUCAGCAUCCAGGGCUACCAGUUCCCCUUUGCGCUGCUGUUUUUCCAGCUCUUGAUUGGUGGCAACAUUUGGAUGGAUCUCUUGGGUUUGGCCUCUGGACACAUCUACUACUUCUUGCAUGAGGUUGUUCCACAGGAGUAUGGAUAUACCUUGAUCAAAACUCCAGCGGCUUUGACCAACUUCAUGGCCAGACAAACCGGCAGAGGUGUCCCUCAAGCUGCCCAACAGCAGCAGACGAGAUUUCAGGGCAGAGGUCAAACUCUGGGUGGCAACUGAUGCCAAACGCCGGGCCGGGCCUGGAAGUGUCUAGUCGAGUUGAGUUUUCAGCCAGGACUGGAGGCCAGCGUACAGCGGUCCCAGGCGGUCCCAGCGGGGGCAGCGCUCCAGGUCCUAGGUGAAAAACUGCCAUGGCCAAGUUCGCCAGGCAAUUUGCGGUCGAAAAAAGGCAAAA